AUGGCUACCGAAUCUGGAAAUCGUCCUCAAGUUGGCCCUGUGCAGUGCGUAGGACCCGACUAUCGCUCGCCUAGUCAAAAACCUAUCGCCACUGUCUCAACGGCGGUUGAACAUGACAACGUUAUCACAUUGCCCCAAACGCCACAGCUCAUCGCAUUGCUCACGAAGAUCCGUGACAGAAAGACGGAGCGAGCUGACUUCAUUUUCUACUCGAACCGAAUUAUUCGUCUGCUUGUCGAGGAAGGGCUUAACCAUCUACCCGUCGUUGAACACACUGUAACUACUCCGGUUGGUCGCACCUACGACGGACUCAUGUUCCAGGGGAAAAUCUGCGGUGUCUCUAUUAUGAGGGCCGGCGAAGCUAUGGAACAAGGUCUUCGAGACUGCUGCAGAUCGGUUAGGAUUGGCAAAAUCUUAAUCCAGCGCGAUGAAGAGACAGCAAAGCCGAAGCUAUUUUACGAUAAAUUGCCUGAGGAUAUUGCUGAAAGAUGGGUUCUAUUACUUGAUCCGAUGUUUGCAACAGGUGGAUCCGCUAUUAUGGCGGUCGAAGUCCUAAAAUCGCGUGGCGUUCCAGAGGAGAGGAUUCUUUUCUUGAACUUGAUCGCUAGCCCAGAAGGAGUCCAAAAUUUCGCAACCAAGUUCCCCAAGCUCCGGGUCGUUACAGCAUUCAUCGAUCAGGGCCUUGACGAGAAGAAUUACAUCAUCCCAGGCUUGGGUGACUUCGGGGAUCGGUUCUACACCAUGUAA